CUUGGUCCCUUGUGUGUGCCAGGUGAGAUUACUGAGGUGAGAGGAGGAGGAGGGAAGGGAAGGAACCAUCAAUGAAGGACACAUGCAAGUCUUUGUGGGGCCAAUGGAGGCAGUAUAUAAGGGAAGAAAGCAUCAAGCAGACAUCACACUCCACCAUGAAGCUCCUGAUACUGUUGUGCAUGAUAGCAGCGAUCACUGAGGGUUUACCUCAGGGGUAUAGUCUACCAGCUCCCUCUGGCCCCGGCUUCGUCGGCAGCUCGUCUGCAGACUUUGGAUCCUUUGGAGGCAAUGCAAUAACAUUUGGAGGUAGUUCAGGAUCCUUUGGGGGCAGCACAGGAUCAUUUAGUGGUUCAGUCUCUGGUCACUCUCAUUCAGUGGUCAGUUGUGGACACGGACAGGUCCGGCAUGUGGAUGGCAGCUGUAUAACUCCUCAGGUCACCCGUAACUUGUUCUUGUACAAAGUUCCUCCGGCAACCCCGAUCGUGGCUCCAAGACCAAACGUUCCUCCACCAAGAGUUGAGGACAAUAUUUUACUCAUCCAGUUCCCAGAGGAGCUCCUGAGCCAAGAACCCAUCGUGGUGCCACCACCACAACAGAGGAACGUUGUGUACGUGCUCAACAAGAGGCCUCAUCAUGAUCACAAGCUCAUUCACGCACCAGGACCUGAGCAGCCAGCUCCCGAAGUGUACUUUGUCAACUAUGCUGAAGGAGAGAACCCGGCUCUACCAAGCGGUGGCGAUCUCCAGUCUGCCCUUAAAACUGCCUCUGAAGGUGGCGGUGAACUUAUUGGUAGCAGUGGUUCUAGCGCUGGUGUUAGCGGGAUUGUUGGUGGCGGUGUUAGUGGAGGUACCACUGGUUUUGCCGGUGGGGAUAUCAGCGGCUCGUCUGGCUCCUCGGCUCCGUCAAGUCUGUAUGGUGUACCCUGGGGGAGCGGGAUCAAGCAGACAUCACACUCCACCAUGAAGCUCCUGAUAUUAUUGUGCAUAGUGGCAGCGGCCGCGGCAGGCUCAUUGCAGAGCUACAGUCUUCCAACGCCCUCUGGCCCCGGCUUCUCCGUCGGUGGCUCGUCUGCUGGCUUUGGAUCUUUUGGAGGCGGUACGGUAUCCUUCGGAGGCAGUGCAGGAUCAUUUGGAGGUGCUACUGGAUCUUUUGGGGGUACUGGAGGGGCUACUGGAUCCUUUGGUGGUUCAUUCUCUGGUCUCUCUCAUUCUGUGGUCAGUUGUGGACACGGACAGGUCCGGCAUGUGGAUGGCAGCUGUGUAACUCCUCAGGUCACCCGUAACUUGUUCUUGUACAAAGUUCCUGCAGCAACACCGAUCGUAGCUCCAAGACCAAACGUUCCUCCACCAAGAGUUGAAGACAAUAUUUUACUCAUCCAGUUCCCAGAGGAGCUCCUGGGCCAAGAACCCAUCGUGGUGCCACCACCACAACAGAGGAAUGUUGUGUACGUGCUCAACAAGAGGCCUCAUCAUGAUCACAAGCUCAUUCACGCACCAGGACCUGAGCAGCCAGCUCCCGAAGUGUACUUUGUCAACUAUGCUGAAGGAGAGAACCCGACUCUACCAAGCGGUGGCGAUCUCCAGUCUGCCCUUAAAACUGCCUCUGAAGGUGGCGGUGAACUCAUUGGUAGCAGCGGUGAUGGUCUUGGCGUCAGCAUUAGUGGGGCAGGAAUUCCUGCUCCAUCUCCUGUAUAUGGAACACCCUGAAAGAGGGGCACCUCUCAUCUUCGCCGCUACUGUCAGAUCUACUGACCACUUCACUAUGGCGAGAGCGGUUCUUACAUUUCGCUUGGGUUACAUGUUAGGGUAGCAAUAUUAUAUGUAUAUAUUUAUUCUUUGCUGGAAAGCAAUUUACCUAAAUUAUUUUCCUUUUGUGAUAACCCAAACCAAUUUAGU